AUGCAUGCUUCAGAGGGAUUGUUGACGGAGUCGGGAAAAUUUACCCCUCCGACGCAGGAAGCUCUGGGCCAGGAAAAGGACCACUGGUGUUCCGAGGCAUAUAACACCUCCGCGGCUUUCGUGCCAAAGCUUGCAGAGAAAGUGUUACAGUAUCUCGAUCCCCAACCAGCAGACCACGUGCUAGAUGUAGGAUGUGGAGACGGUAAAUUCACAGGCAACUACAUUUCGGAUGUGGGGAUGGUGCUAGGAAUUGACGCAUCACCGUCGAUGAUUGGCUCUGCCAAACAAGAUUAUGGCAGUUCUAGAGCUGAAUUCCGCGUUGUGGAUUGCACACAUCUAGAUAGGGAGCCGGCAAUCGUGAGUGGAACAUGGGAUAAAGUCAUCUCUAAUGCGGCACUCCAUUGGAUCCUGAGGGAUUCUUCCACGCGAAUGUUCGUGUUGGAGGCAAUAUAUUCCAGUCUCAAACCAAAUGGAACAUUUGUGUUCGAAAUGGGAGGCCACGGUAACGUGCCUGAAGCACACACUGCACUGCUAGCAGCCGUCACGCAUCACGGUGCAACCAUCCAGCAAGCGCGUGCUGCAUGUUCAUGGUUCUUCCCAUCAGAAGCGUGGAUGAGGGCAACUCUAGAGAAGAUUGGAUUUCAUGUGGAGAAGCUGGAAGCCGAAUAUCGACCCACGAAGCUUACCACGAAUGAAAGUGGGGGUAUUGCGGGGUGGGUGAGACUGAUGGGUUCGCCAAUGUUGGAUAUUGUGGAUGCGGAUAGUCGAGAGUCUGCUGUUGAGGAGGUCUGCCAGUUGCUUGAAACUGUUAUCACGAGGGAAGAGGAUGGUAGUAAGUGGCUGGGGUACGUUCGUCUCAGAGGCGUUGCUGUGAAGCAAUGA